AAGAAGCACGUUCCACUUUAGCGUUCUGCGACGCUUUUAAAAAUGAUUACUUACUACUGUUUUUAUAUGUUAGAUGGACUCAGUGCUUAUGAGACACAUUGAUAUACACCGAUGUGAAGUUAACAGCGAAAUUCCAGCAGAUACCCGGAGAUACCCGAACGAACAGUGGCGUCCUUCCAUAAGGAAUAAUAUGCUCUUAUAGCCCUAGUUAAGGUAAAUAUAGAAAAUACAAGCAGAAACAAUUACGGCCUGAAUAAACUAGAUGAGAGAACUUCUAAACGGAUAGCAACCAAAAACCAGA